AUGAGUAGAGACGAAGAAUUGCACCUAUCUGGGUUGCAAAUCUUUACGCCAUGGGCACAUCGAAAUAAUAAGUCGUCUAACCACUCAAUUAUGUCUGACAGUUACUCAUAUAGCACAGCACCAAGUGAUAUAGGUUCUCCCUUAGUCAAUUCGCCUUUAACAAAAUUUGUUGAUUGGGAAAAUACAGAUCCUAAAAUGACAUCAAAAAUUGGAAGCCGCGUUUCUUCACCUCGAACUCCAUGCAUCGAUAAGUUUUCUCGCCGCAUCCAAUUGAAAAAUCUCAUUGUUACUAUAUUCAAGACAAUCCCUAGCAGAUCUGAAGAACAAUUCCUUGAAGAAUUUAAAUAUCUCAUUGUUACCUGUCCAUUUCUGUAUGACCUUAACAAAGAAAAACCUUUAAAGCCAAAACAAUCUGUUUUCAAUUUUAAGAGAAAUAUUGAUGGCAUUACAACGUCACAUAAUUGCGCGGAUACCAUGACUUAUCUGCUACCUACGAAUUUGGGGCGCUUUAGGAAAUCGUCUGCUAAUAAUAGAUAUCAAUUGUACUCAACUAUAAAUUACCUAUCCAUUUUAUUAGACUGUCGAUUUAUAUUACGAAGAUUAAAGAGAAGAAAGCUACGAUCAAGACAGGAACAUAUUAUCAUGCAGAGAGUGGUUGUUAUGAUUUUGAUGUUGAUUUAUUUGGCCAUUGAACAGAGGUAUUGCCAUAUCGAAUAUUUAAAAUAUAGAAACAUACUAUCGUUAAAACUAUUUCUGAAUUCAUUACAAUAUUUUGAUGCUAUGUUGAAUAAAUUCCACUUGAGAUUCAAGGAAUUGUCUAUAUAUAAACCACUUUCAAUAGUGGAAGAAUUAAGAUAUAAUAAAAUAACAGAUACGUCAUCCAGCAAUUUAAUGACCGUCGAAGAACUCUUAAUUGCGUCCUUUGAUCAACUCUAUUAUCACCUUAAGCAUUCAAUUUACGAGCUGUUACCGAUUUCUAAUAUCCAUGAAAUAACUAAGUAUUGCGAAUUGUACAAUAUUAGUCUAACCGAUUUAUUCUAUUCAAUAAAUAGAAAAGUAUCAACCAUUGAGGAAAAAUCAUUCAGAGUUCGUCAUAUAAAGAGGUUGUUCCUUUGCAUUUUAUUAUCGAUACAAAGUCGAUUCCAAGCAGCUAAGAAUAUCUCUCCCUUAGAGAGCCCUCUUUCUCCUAUAUUUGCUGAAUUCAGCUCACCUAUUGAUAAUCAUGUUGCUUGCAUUAGUAAUAUACGACGAAUUGAAACUGUUACUAGAGCUUUAAGAAAAUUAAAUUGUACUCUUCAGGCUUUAUCUUCCACGAUGUCGGAUUAUAAACAUUACUUAUUAAUGUCCUCUGAGAUACCAGAUAUAUCAAUACAUUCCCCAUACCCAGAAAGUGAGAACCAACUCAACCAUACUCCGAGUCACAUUCAUCAGACUUUAAACGCUUUGAAAAAAAUAGAAACUAUAAUACUUUCUCAACCCUCCAAAGCUGGAAGGACAUCUGCUACUUCUUCUAUUUUACAUGAAGUAGAUAAAAUACACGAUAUUUGGUCCGGGGAACAAACUUGUGAAAUCGACGGUACGACAAGGAAGCAAGGAAAAUACGGCACAUCAUCGUCCAGUAGAAUAAUGUCACAAGGCUCCAAAAAUGGUUUCCAUUUAGACGUAUUCAAAACUACUCCCAAGCUACCGGAGCCAGUGGUCAAUAUAAAUGAAGUUGUUGAAUUCAAAACUGUUGCAGACCAAUAUGUACCUGAUGAUGAUGCUGAUGAGACUGAGCUGAGUUAUGGAUUUGAAGAUAAUGUAGACGAAGAAACACACGAAGAAACACACGAAGAAAUGGGUCAAUAUACACAUUUCAAAACUAUCAAACAAUUAACGGACGAGGAACUACGUAACCAAUUGAACGCCAAAAUUCAUAAAUUAUCAUUAGAAAACAAAAAGAGUCGUGAAACGCUAAGGACACAGAAGUCCUUUGAAUUAUUAAGACACCAUGACGAUGAUAGAAAAGUCCACACAUUAGGUAGAUAUCCAUUCAAAGAAGAGAGUAUUCCUGUCAUUUAUGAAUUAAAAAGAUACCACGAAUAG